UUUAAUCAGUCAUUUAGGAAUGGAAACCACUUCAAUUUUGGAUUAUUAAAACCAAACACUCGGUUUCGAAACAUGCAUUCAUCCAACUCUGAUCGCCGUUCUCAUGGGGCGCAACAAUCGAAAGCGAAGGCAACAGCGGCAUCCUUUCGCAGUCGUAGAAAGAGGGCCAGCGAAGACAACAAUCAAAUGCAGCCACCUGAUAAACGACAGAAGAUGAAAAAAGCGGCAGUAGGAAGAAAAAAGUUUCCGUUCUUGAAGCUUCCCGCUGAACUACGUAAUUAUAUAUAUGGGAUAGCACUCUUUGAAACCAAUCGGAUGACUUCGAAUACUGUUUUGUGGGGAGGACCUGGACCGAGGAAACGUCGUGGUCAUAUGGCUUUUAGGUCUUGCGCAAAUCGUAGGCGUUUUUACGAUCCAUAUACUACGGACAAGCUCCCAGUAAUUCCUUUUCUGGGGCUCACACAAUGUUGCACGCAAGUUCGCUCCGAGUUCUAUGACCAAUGGCUAAGUCAACUCUGUGUUCCUCUGCCACUGAUGGAAGGAUUUCUGGCCGCCUUCUUCUCACGUGAACUCGAAGGUGUCAGCAGCACGCCACUUGUUCACAAUGUGCAUACGGUCAAUAUACUUAUUCAUCUCAAAUGGCUUUGGGGUUUUGACAUGAGGAAUCUCCUCAGACUCAGACAUGACUUGCCGAAUGUCACUUUCAAGGUCCAACCUUGUGGAUGGAAAGAGUGUGAUACAGUCAAAUCAAGCGAUAUGGAGAUCCUAAUCAACAACCGACACCAUACGUUCCUUAAGUGGCUUCGCACAGGAGUUUUCCACUUCAUUCGCAUCGAUAAGUACUGCCCUUUCAAUAUCAGGAUCGGCAUCAAAUACAGUCAGGCACCGCUCCGUGUGCAAAACUUGGGCGGCAAACCAAGACGUAACGGCGAUCUUGGUCUUGAAUCAGUGAGUGCUGGAGUUGUUGAACUCUUGCCUCAAAUAGAUGUUUGA